AUGGUAUCACGGCCCCCUCCUGCCCCUGUGGUGGUGCCCUUUGAGGCCCUGCUGUUCGACUUGGACGGCACACUUAUCGACUCUACCAACGCAGUAGUUCAACACUGGCAGCGUAUAGGCAAGGAGCUGGGAAUCGACCCCAAUGUCAUUCUGCAAACGGCUCACGGCCGCCGAACCUUUGACACGCUCAAGAUUAUAUGUCCCGAAAAGGCAACCAUGGAGUAUGCAACGGAAAUCGAAAAGAGCAUUCCGGAAAACCACGGCUCCGACGCCACCGUUAUUCCCGGCGCACGCGAGAUGCUCGACAGCGUCACCGCCGCGGGCCUGCCCUGGGCCAUUGUCACGUCCGCCUCGCUGCCCCUUCUCAACGGCUGGGUACGCGUCCUCGACCUGCCCGCCUGCCCGCACCUCGUCACCGCCGAGUCGGUCGAGGACGGCAAGCCCGAUCCCGCGGGUUACCUGCUUGGUAUGAAGAAGCUCGCCGCCAUGAUGAUGGACAAGAGCCCGGCCGGCUGUUGCGUCGUCUUUGAGGACAGCCCCGCGGGCAUCCGCGCCGCAAAGACGGCCGGCUGCAAGGUCGUAGCGCUCGCCACCAGCCAUACCGCUGAGCAGGUGGCCGAGGCGGAACCGGAUUGGAUCGUAGACGACUUUCGGUCUGUGGCGUUGGUUCAGCUUAACGGAGGCGGGAAAGCUCUGCAGAUUUCGGAUUAUAUUUUGCUCGAGACCCCCAGCUACACGGCAGUGGCGUAG